AUGUUGUGGUAUUUUCCUAUUAUACCAAGACUGAAACGAUUAUUUGCAAACGAGAAGGAACCAAAAUUGUUGCGUUGGCAUUCAGAUGACCGUAUAAAUGAUGGAAAACUAAGACAUGUGGCAGAUUCACCUCAGUGGAGAACUAUUGAUUAUAUGUAUCCUGAUUUUGGUAACGAGAUCAGAAACAUACGGGUUGGGCUUAGUUCGAACGAGAUCAACCCUUUUGGAAACAUGAGUAGUCGUCAUAGUCCGAAACAUCCUGGUAAUGUCAUUGAUGUUUAUUUGUCUCCACUGAUAGAUGACCUUAAAACUCUAUGGAACCCAGGUGUUAACGUGUAUGAUUCUUAUAAGAAAGAAUAUUUUGAUUUGCGUGCCAUGAUAUUUUGCACCAUCAGUGAUUUUCCAGCGUAUGGUAAUUUGUCAGGAUAUAGUACGAAAGGUAGACUAGCUUGUCCUAUUUGUGAAGAUGACACAAGUUCAAUAUGGUUAAGUAAUUGUAGAAAAACUGUGUACAUGGGACAUCGAAGAUUCCUUCCGGAAAAUCACGAUUAUCGGAACAGAACAGUGGAGUUUGAUGGAAAAAUUGAACAUGGAAAAGUAAGGGAAGAAUUUGAUGCAUUUUCACGAGAGCAUUUACAAGUUAGACACUGCUUAGAUGUCAUGCAUAUUGAGAAAAAUGUAUGUGAAAGCCUGCUUGGAUUAUUGUUAAACAUUCCCGGGAAAACUAAAGAUGGGAUCAAUGUCCGUAAAGACAUGCAAGAAAUGGGAAUACGUGAAGGGCUUCAUCCUGUUCCGCACCCUAAAGGUUUUUUUCUACCACCAGCAUACUACACAAUGUCAAACAAGGAAAAAAGAAUGUUUUGUGAAUGUUUACACGGUAUUAAAGUUCCAUCCAGCUAUUCAGCAAACAUUAAAAGGUUGGUGUCAUUGAAAGAUUCUAAAUUGCUUGGUAUGAAGUCUCAUGAUUGUCAUGUUUUGAUGACACAUAUGAUUCCUAUUGCAAUCCGUGGAUCAUUACCAGAUAAAAUCCGACAUACAAUCACAAAGCUUUGUUUGUUUUUCAACACAAUUCAUUCGAAAGUAAUUGAUCCACAAUCACUUGAAAGUUUGCAAAAAGAAAUAAUCGUCACGCUCUGUGAACUUGAGAUGUAUUUUCCGCCGUCGUUUUUUGAUGUGAUGGUUCACCUGGUAAUCCAUAUUGUAAGAGAAAUUCAGGCUUGUGGUCCUGUAUUUCUACGCUACAUGUACCCUUUUGAAAGAUACAUGGGUUUCUUAAAAGGUUAUGUAAAAGAGUCCUAA